AUGAUCGAAAGAGAAUUCUCAAUAAGAAGCGCCGUGGCAGACAAGUUGUCUCUUGCCUUCGGGUACCGGUCUCCCAAGAAACCCUCUUCCAGCGUUUUGGAUCCAGAUACCGCCGAAAUCACAGACAGUUCUCAGCUUAUUGAUACUAAUCAGUCUGGGUAUGACUCAAUUCCUUCGCCAUUUGCCCAUAUGAGAGAGGUGGAAGAAGGAAGGUCUGGGUCUCCAUAUACAGCCGAAGAACAAGGCGUUAGCCCAGAAGGUGUAGUUGCUCAUAGCAACACCCAAACGGAUUCCUCAGCUACAGUAACACCUGGGGAACCUGAUGAACUGGAUGCCUUGACUGCUGAAAUUUAUAGAGGCUCUGGGUCGGGCCUUGGAGGUGUUGGAUCUCCCCGCUCCGCGGACACCACCCCCAAGUUAUUAAUGAUAAUGAUCCUAUUCGUUCUCCUAGUGGUUAUCUCAUAUGAAACGGUUUAUGCUAUGCUUGUUUCAAAAGAAGGUGUUGAGAUGGGGGCGCGCUGGGGGGUAGAGAGAUAG